GAUACGGCAGUCAACAUGUGACACAAUACGGCGGUUCAGUUUGGUUCCAGCCAUGAGUCUGGGAAGGUGUUGGAGGUACGCAGGAGUGGUUUCACGGGUCUUGAACAGCCGCGUCCUUCCCGUCGCUCAUGUCUCCACUCGCUCACUGUCCAGCCUCCUCAAUACGCACUCCCGUUACACACAUGCGCCUACGACAUCGGACUGCUUGCGACGUCAUUCCUGUUCCUCGACGGAAAGUACAGACGUGACCUAUGAACGACUGAAACAGCUCCUCGCCGGCCGGGAGGCGGUGGUCAUAGAUGUCCGGGAGCCCUGGGAGCUCCGCGAAUACGGCAACAUCCCGGGGUCAAUUAACGUCCCACUGGGGCAAGUGAAUGUUGCCCUCCAGCUGGACUCAGAGGAAUUUAAGGAGAAGUAUGGAGGAGAUAUGCCACAGCCAACAGAUAAUAUUGUCUUCACCUGCCUGGCUGGAGUCAGGAGCAAGAAAGCACUUGACACAGCCACUUCGCUGGGCUACAACGAUGUUCAGCAUUAUCCUGGUGGAUGGCAAGACUGGGCGAAAAAUGAACUAAAGUGAUCCAUGAGAAACAGAACAGUAACCUCAAUCAUCACACCUGAUGAAAACAAAGAUCUACUUUAUUUAAAUGAAAUCCGUUAUGGCCAGAGGGCUUUCUCGAUAUCAAUAAUCACUUUACAGCAAAAAUGAGCUCUUGAACUACUAUUUCCUCAUACUAACCAUUGCAUGUUUUUUACAGUGCAUUAGAAUAAUUUAUAAACCUUUCAGUGACUCCAUGCAAAAGUCAUCCCAACCAAAGGUAUAUAUGUAAUCACUGUUGAUUAUAGUCUUUGCAAGAUAUAAUCUGAUUCUUUAUAGUUUGGAGCGACUAUAAUGUGAACAUUUUGAUUUAAUUAUCAGGUCAUAUUUCUCUUUUCCUUUCCAGACAAUCUAUGCAAAAUACUUUUUUUUUGGGUUUUUUUUUUUGGUAUUUUUUAGUUUUGUUAGACAGCUAUCAUGAAAAGCAGACAGGAACUGUGGGGGGGGGGGGCAUGGCUUGUAACAAAUGUUUCCAGCUGGAAUUGAACCAGCGACAGUUGUGGCCAUGUUAUAUGCACUGUUCGCAUACAACCAUUCGGCAACGGAUGCGCCCCCGCGAGGGACUACUGAACUGAUUAAUUUUGGUUUUGAAAUCUUCCAAUGCAAGAUAAGAAAACAUUUUUUUUUAAUAUUUUGUAAGUAUUUAAUUGUUAAGUGUUCAUAGCAGCACUGAUCUGUAUAGUUCUUGCCAGCAUAAUUCAAUAAAGAAAAAAUGUUUUGAAUAACAAUCAACAGUCUUGUCAACAGUUUGAACUGUGGGACACAUGUUUUUCUCAUGGGCAACAAUGGGUUUCCGAAAACCAAAAGCCAACAGUAGAGAUAUUUUUGGUAUGUUUCUGCAGUAACCAAAUUAUAUGAUUACAAACAUCAUCAUCUUUUGGCUUGUUCCCUGUUUACCAGGGGUCGCCACAGUGGAUUUGAUAGUUUCCAUUGGUACCCUGUAAGGGCACAGAACCGAUGGCGGUCGUUAUUAACCCGGGCCUUGACCAAGCUGGUGUGUUUUUG